CGUCGAUGUAAAAACCGGUUGGGCGUUUGACUUAGCCGACACCGAGCCAUCUUGCACACUAUCGCUUAUCCAGACACACAUACACACAAAGAGAGAGAGAGAGAGAGAGAGAGAGAGAGAGAGAGAGAGAGAGAGAGAGAGAGCUUUGCCGGCUAAUUGAGCGUCGUGGUGGGUGGGAUAGCAUCAUACGGGAUGGGGGGGCCGUCUGAGGUGUUGAAGCUGGUCGUCCUUUUCCUCCUCUUUGCCACAUCGACUACUCACGUGACUGGUGAUAGCGGUGGUGUGAAUGCUGGAGAAGACGAUGCUCCCCACCAUCACCUGGACCCAGUGAAGGGUUAUUCUGCCUCCUCCCUCUUCUCUUUUCGCGUCUUUUCGAGCGCCACUGAUUACGGGACAAGCGAGGAUGGUGAUUCUGCUGGCCCACGAGGCCCAUCUCCAGCAGAGACAGCGUCGGGAUCCGUCUUCCGCCAGCAGGGAGUGGCGGACGGCCAGCCUCGCGAGAGACAGCCGCGGCUGAGUCAGCACGACCCAGCAAAUGCGUCGAAAGGCGGGAGCAGUCGAUCUUCCCCUUCUUCUUCCUCUUCCCUCCCAGAACCCAUCCGACCCUCUCUCACGGCCAUUCCCUCCGCCGCAGCUGCUGCUGAUUUGCUGCCGACGACGAUCCCUCAGCCGCCGACAUCAUCCGCCACUCAGCAGCACUUGCAAGCCAUAGGAGGAGGAAAAGGAGGAGGAGGAGAAGGGGGAGGAGAAGGAGAAGGCGGCUCGAGUACGAGAUCAGCCCAGCCGGGGGAGGAGGAAAGAGGGGCAUUGGAGAAAGGAAGGUCGAUCAUGGACUCAGCUUUGGCGAAGGAGGCCGAGGCCUCGGAUAUGGCGGCGGCGCCAAAUUCGGAGUCGGAGGAGGCGGAAGAGGACGCUAGUUUUGAGCAAUCGAUCUCCUCCUCCUCCUCCCCCCCCUCCUCCUCCUCGUCUUUCCCUUCAUCGCUGACCGAAGCCCAGGACGGCUACGAUCCCCGCCAACAUUGGGGCAUCGUACGGCCGAAGGGGAUGCUCUUCGACGCCGGCGACGGGUCAAACUUUCUGGUCAACGGGUGGAACACCCGCGAUAUUAUGUUUAACGCGUUGACCGAGGACGGCAAGAAGCGCGUCAGCAAGGUGUUUUAUCAGGCGAGGUUGAUGGGCCUCACCGUCGUGCGGAUCAUGGCUUGUAAUGACGGCCGGUCUAGGACUGUGCAGCGGGGACCGCUUACGUUCGACGAGUCUGUGCUUGCUGGUCUGGACUGGGUGAUGAACGAGGCCAGCCUCUUUGGUAUUCGAUUAGUCCUCACUCUUGCGGGCAAUUGGGAGAGCAAAGAGGAGUACUUGGAGUGGUACAAGACGCAGUCGAACGACGACGAUGCGACGCCGGACUUGUUCUACACCGACCCUUCGAUGAAGUCCUGGUAUCGAGCGCUGGUGGACGCUCUGCUCAAGCGCAGGAACACGGUCAAUGGGCGAUUAUUCAAGGAUGAUCCAACGGUGUUCGCUUGGCAGGUGAUGAACGAGCCUCGUUGCACGUCUGACGUGUCUGGCGCCACUCUCAUCUCUUGGUUAACGGAGAUGGUGGCCUACAUCAAGAGCUUGGACGAUCAGCACAUGGUGUCCUUGGGAGUGGAGGGGUUCUACGGACCGUCGGAUCCCCGGCGAGCCGCUGCUAACCCUAAUGGAGGUGGGUGGGCAACGAGGCAAGGAAACGACUUUCUGCUGGAAUCUCAGAUUCCAGGAGUCGAUUACCUGACGCUGCAUCUGUACCCGCAGCUGUGGGUAUACGGCAAGACGACUCAGGAGCAGAUGUUCUUCGCCUCCGCUUGGAUUCGAUCCCAUGUCCUGGAUAACGCCGAGAAAUUCAAAAUGCCGUUGAUCAUAGAAGAGUUUGGAUGGAAAUCUGCGGACUCGAUUGACAACAGGAACGCGUUUUUUGAGGUGGUGUUCGGGGAGUCUCUGGAAGCAUCCAAGCGGGGACUUCUGGCGGGGACCAUGUUCUGGGCCCUUGAGGACUCCGAAGGGUUCUUCAGCGACUGGGGGGUGUAUUAUGAGAGAGACACAGCGACCACGGUGCCGAUCAUCACCGCGUAUUCAACGAAAAUCAACAAGUUGAUGAACUGAAGAGGAGGGGGGUGUGGGGUAGGGGGAGGGGGGGGGGAGGACGGCUGGAAGUAGGGAUGGAGAACCUAGGAACCUAGGCAAGGCGUU